UCCGGCCCGGGGCGGGGUGCGCGCCGGCAGCGGGCGCGAUGGCGGCGGACGGGGACUGGCAGGAUUUCUAUGAGUUCCAGGAGCCGGCCCGGAGCGUCCAGGACCAGGAGAACUGUAACGCGAGCCCGGAGGCCGGAGCUGGGGCCCACGCGAGCGGCGACAGCUUCCCGGCCUUGGCCUGCAGCCUGGAGGAGAAGCUGAGCCUGUGCUUCCGCCCCUCGAUGGACGCCGAGCCCCCGCGGGCCACCGUGCGGCCCAUCACCGAGCGCAGCCUCCUGCAAGGGGACGAGAUUUGGAAUGCCCUGACAGACAAUUAUGGGAACGUCAUGCCUAUAGACUGGAAGUCAUCCCAUACGAGGACUUUGCAUUUGCUCACUCUGAACCUCUCAGAGAAAGGGAUGAGUGAUGGCUUGCUCUUUGACACCUCAGAUGAGGAGGAGCUGAGGGAGCAGUUGGAUAUGCAUUCGAUCAUCGUCUCCUGUGUCAACGAGGAGCCCCUCUUCACUGCAGACCAGGUUAUUGAAGAAAUUGAAGAGAUGAUGCAGGAAUCACCAGACCCAGAAGAUGACGAGACCCCCACACAGUCAGACCGGCUCUCUAUGCUCUCCCAAGAGAUCCAGACUCUGAAGAGGUCUAGUAUGAGCAGCUAUGAAGAGAAAGUGAAAAGGCUCUCGGUAUCCGAACUCAAUGAGCUGCUGGAAGAAAUUGAGACAGCCAUCAAGGAGUACUCCGAGGAGCUGGUGCAGCAGUUGGCUCUGAGAGACGAGCUGGAGUUUGAGAAGGAGGUGGAGAACAGCUUCAUUUCUGCCCUGAUUGAGGUGCAGAACAAGCAGAAAGAGCACAGAGAGACAGCCAAGAAGAAGAAGAAGCUUAAAAACGGCGCCUCUCAGAAUGGGAGGAACGAGAGAAGUCACAUGCCAGGCACACGCUUCAGCAUGGAAGGGAUCUCAAAUGUCAUUCAGAAUGGCCUCCGCCACACCUUUGGAAACUCAGGUGGAGAGAAACAGUAUUUGACGACAGUCAUCCCUUAUGAGAAAAAGAACGGCCCACCAUCUGUCGAGGAUCUUCAGAUAUUAACAAAAAUUCUGCAGGCCAUGAAGGAGGACAGCGAGAAAGUUCCAAGCUUGUUAACUGACUAUAUUCUGAAAGUUCUGUGUCCUACAUAGAGCAGCAUCACCUGGAGCGCUUCCCCUCCUGUGGACUCCAGGCUUGACCUCCUGCGGUGUCACUCUGGAAGGUGGCUAUCUGGAGUCCCUGCUUUUGGAGACCCAGCACACUUGAACUUGGAUUUGCAAUUCAGUGUUAAUAGAUCACGACUUCACUAAUCCAUCAUAUUCUAGCACCGAGAGAGCUAUGGCACUCUUGAGCUCUGGAGAUAGAUUUUGGAAAACUUAACCAUUGUGAACUGGUUUCAGACUUAGCAGAUGGAGGAGAGAGAGGGAUAGGAGCUGUGCAUGCCGGUACGGUUUCCGUUGCCAGUGGGGCUGUUGGUCUUUGACUUCCUCCAUCUGAACUGACUGAAGAACUAGAUUCAAGCACUGGGAGAGCCGACCCGAGCUGUUCUCCAGGGAUGGUGAGAAUCAGUGUUGAGUGUUGAGAGCAUCCUGAGAAUAUUACCUGCCAGUAUUGCCCAGAGACUGAGACGAGUGUGGGCUGUUGGGAAGCGGAGCGCCACACUUGCACUACCUUGACCUAAUCGUGGAUGCCGGACACUGUUGGGAACUCAUUUUGUAACUUCGGCCUAUUUCACCAUUGUUGACUUGUGAGCCAUUAGGAUGCCAUUCGGAGUCAUUAUGAACGUGGGUGUUCUGUGUCUGUGAAGAAGUGUGUUUUGAAAGAGGUCCAUGCCCUCUAAGGUGCUUAAAGAGCUACUAUGGUACUGCCUGUUCUCAUGGUUGUGUUCAGUUUUAUUUACACCUGUGUGCUUUUCUAGAAAAAGCUGCUCACGGCUACAGCACUAAUCAUGAACACUUUUGCCAGUUUCAAUCAAGUCAAUGACAUUUAAUAAAUAAUACAUACUUAA